AUGUCAACACCAAGCUCUUUUUCUUUCCAUAGAAGCAACUCGAUUGCUUUAAACGACUGCUUAUCUCUUAAUCGAUAUCCACCGAGUGGAAGAACGCCUAUUUUCGAGGGAUGUUAUAAAGGAUGUCCUGAGGACAACUUAUGGACGUCCUCAGGAUGUUAUCAAGGAUUUCCUAAGGACAACAUACGGCCUUCCUCAGAAUAUUAUAAAGGAACACGGGCUUUUUGGGUCGUCUUUAAGAUCAGCCCUGCAGACAUCUUUGGGACAACUUUAGGCCAGACAUUGUUGAAGUUGUUAAAGGAUGACAACGGCGAGGAGUACAUUGUAAUGUUACCAAGGCGUGGAUACCUAAAACCCCAGGCUCCAGUGCUUUCAUCAUAUGUGAAAAUAAUGCAACGAACGGAGACACAAUCACCAGGAGGGGUAGCAGGGAUUUGUACUCUAUCAGAUGUCGGGUUUCUAGAAACUUUUGAACAGAAUAUGAUAAGGAUCUGAUGUGUUGUGUAUUAGUUCACGAUAAUAUCAAACAUGCUCCAGAGUAGACUGUUGGAACUCCAGGGUACUUUGAAUCGUUUAGAAGAUCAUAUAAAAGCGCUCAAACCGAGUAACAGCGAUAUUUUUCACUUUUUGUGUAUCUUAGGAUUAUUAGGAUGUAGAGUCAUGUCAAUUUUAUUUU